AUGUCACGCUUCCGACUGACAAAAUCGAGGCCAAAGAUAUUCAACGCCAAUCAGCACAAUACCUUCUCUUGCAGAACGACCUCUACCGACGAGGCCACUCCCUAUCGUUGCUACGAUGUGUUACUCCACAAUGGGGGGACUAUAUCCUACAAGAAAUUCACGAAGCUGCGUGUGGUGACCAUUCGGGAUCCCGAUCUUUGGCCUUCAAAGCCGUUCAGCAAAGCUACUAUUGGCCAACUCUCCAUGCUGAUGCUGUCAAGAUUGUAUAAAAAUGAGACCAGUGCCAACGCUUCGGCUCCAUUCCAAAGCUAUCGACCGAACCACUCACCCCGAUAA